AUGGCGGUACUCGCGGCGAUACUGCCAGUGGUCUCUAGCAGUUCUUGCCUUGCACUUAAGUUAUAUCAAUUCGCUGCCUCGUCGCCCAAAGAGACCAAAGACCUCAUCAAAGUUGCAAAAGCGAUCAACAACUUUGCCUCGAUUCUGAAGCAAGUGGGGAUGAUCAUUAAAGAAGACGAUCGCUUACCUUCCUUUGAGGCUCUCGACGUACUGGAAGAUGUUACGGUGCAGUCUCAAACAGCACUGAAGAACAUUGAGGAUGAGACUGAGCUUCGUCGGAAUGAGCGAUACGGUGAAGGUGACGGAGUGCGACCAUCGAAGGAUCAGUCGCGAAACAGGCCGUUGGACGCGAAGUUGUCAUACUUUGCCACACAUCUCGAGUGCCUAAGAUUGACUCUGGCCGUUCUUCUGCAGACCUUGUACACCGCACAAAGUAUCAUGUGGUCAAAACUUCGUCCUACAGUAUCACCCAAGCAAGCGGCCAAAGCUGUGGCAAAUGAGAAGAUCCAGCUGCAAACACUUAUUGUCGAGCAGCAAAUGUCUAUCUUGUCUGCACAAAUGCUUUACUACCAGGUGCCUAGUCAGGACAGGAGGCUCUUGAUGGAAUCGGAUAGUUCUCAAAGUCUUGUUGCAACCGGACGUGAGAGCUCAUUGCCCGGUCCGAACCACCUUUAUCAAUACCAGGACGAACAUCUCGGAAGUCUUGAAACGUCUGGUUUCGCAGAAGAUGCAUGGUUACCAACUGUUUGUACCAUCGCCGGUCCGCGUACUGAACAAUUGCUAGAGAGGUGGACUAGUCUGCCAAAUUUCGAACAACGCCUCCUAGACGCUGAACGUAUGGCACGUACACAGAAGCACGAGAACAAGCAAGCAACAGUUGAAUCAGACAGCGGGGAAGAGAAUGUGAGGCAAAAGUACGGGCCUGACGGUGCAGGUCUGACCUCAUCACCACCUCAACGAGCUGGAAGUGUACAAACACUGUUCGCAGAUACAACCACCCUACCGAUUCCAGUACCAGGCACCAAAUUCGGUCCUACAGCGCCAAUGUCGCCAGCAGCUUCACCCAGGACGUCUCGCGCAACCUUUGAGAUUCCAACGUCACCACGCACCAGUGUAGGCAGCUUGCCCGUAGAAGCAGCGGCGGCGGCUAUAGCUAAGGAGGGAGACGAUGACCUAGAUCUAGAGAUCCCAUGGACUCUUCGCACUAGAAAGUACGAGUGGAGAUACGUCGAUGGUAAGGUGGUUGGCUCCAAUACGGACUUGCUACCAUCAACUGCACAUACUGAGAGACCUGCUCAGAACUGGACAGAAGUUAUGGCGAGUUGGGUCUGCAAAGAAGCUAUCCAGGAAGCAGGCUAUAAGGUCAAACAGGUGCAGAAAGAGAGGAAGGACGGGCGUAGAACAAAGUUUGACACCUGCUUCUGCAUUGAGCAGCCGCUCAAGUUCAGUCAGAUCAAACGCCUUGUUGAGCGGACCGUUGAUAUUUAUCGAAAGAACGUGACGCCAACACCACCACAGCCAGCGCCGCCUCGUUCGAGACGUACCUCCUUCGAUAGACCUUCUCCUGGCCCAUGCCCGAGCUAUCUGGCAAAGACGGCCGCUGCCCAACAUCGCGACAGGACGCCAACUGCAAGUAGACCGCAGCCGCUUCUCGAAAGGUCAUCCAGCAUCAUGACUUACCCUCCACCACCGCCACCUCUGGAUCGGUCAAUGUCCAUGCCCGGCCCAGGAAUGGUUCAUCCACCACCAUACCCACCGAGUAUCAACUCACAGACAUCUUCCAGGCCUAUGGCAAUGGCAAUACCCGGGCCACUGCUCACCCAGAACGCAAUGUCGAACAGCCACUUCUCUUCCUCACUACCACCACAGGGGCUGUACCGUCCUCAGAUGCAACAACCAUCCAACAGCCCGCAACACUAUUCACUUCCGCCUCCAGUCGGUCCUCUAGGUGGACCCCAAUACAACAACAAUCCCUUGCCGCCACACAUGCAGCCCUUCACCUAUCCCCAGGGCCCACAAUCACCCACGCGUCAGUCUCACCCCAUGUCCAGAGCGAUGGACAGGUAUGACGAUGACUCGAUGACUUCCGAUUCUGGAAGUGGAGAGCGGAGGAGACGCAGAUCGAAGUCGAGGAGAAGGUACGAUAGAGAUGCCGAUAAGAAGAAGCACAGCAAGAGUGCAGCGAUGGGGACUUUGAUGGGGAUUUCAGGGUUGACGGCGUUGUUAGAUGUGUGGGCUGUGAUUUGA